AUGGAAAUUUCUUCAUUUGGCGAAUCUCCGCAAUCUCAAAACUUGACCUUUCUGAAGAAACUCAAUCUAGACGACAACCAGAUGAGCAGGGUUCCUGCAUUGCCUCCAUCUCUGGAGGAGCUCAGGAUGAACAACAACAAGCUGAGGGCUCUCACCCACCACUUCUUUAAAGGUUUGAGAAAUCUGCUGAGGCUGGAGCUGAAGAAGAACUCCCUUCGGGAAGCCAGUGUGUCACUUUUAGCUUUCAGACCUCUUCAGAAGCUUCUGGACCUGCAGCUGGACAACAACCACUUCCGUUCACUCCCGCUGGGCCUACCAUCCUCUCUGCAGGUGGGUUGGAGAGUCCGGGUGCUGGAAGACUGUCUUCUUCAAAGCAAGGAACAAUGGUGA